CCGCGGUCCUAGCUUCCGCCCGAUCUGGUAGAAACAACGGCAGAUGUCAUCAGCCCUUGCUUUUUAUACGAAGGGAAGGAAAGCUUUCCAGUAUCCCAUUUCCGUCGUUCGAUUCAGAUCCGUUAUGUUUCUAUUUCCUCUUGGUCACUUUUUUAUUUAAAAAAUAUAUUUUCCUUUUGCUUAAAAAAACUCCCACAUAUAUGCAGGAAAACAACUUCCAAUUGCUAUGACAGACCAACGGGUUCCCGGAAACAGCCAAUCAACGUAUAAUGGGGGGAGGUGUGUCUGAUCAGCCCGCCCAAUCAGAAGAGCGCACCGCCAGGGGGACGGGCCAAUGAGAGUGCGGGUGGUGCGGUAUUUGAAUUCCGGCCGUAGGGCUGAGAGUCGGCGGCGGCGUGAUCCGGGGACCAGGUACUGCUUGUGGGUCGUGUCGCUUCUUUGUGUCUCGCCUAUACGCUGCGGGCCCUGCUCUGGCCUGUUCCGGGCCCCAUGGCGCUGUUCCGACGCCACGCGGUGUCUAAUGGUUUGGAGGAUGUUAACAAAGGAAUUAAUUCAAAAGCCACAAUGCAAGUUGCUGUUAGAAGAACUGCUCUUGAAGAAAUUGGAAAUAAAGUUACAACCAGAGGAGCACAAGUAGCUAAGAAAGCUGAGAAAAACAAAGUGCUUGUGAAAAAAACCAAGGCCACAAAUGUUGUAAGAGAAGUAAAGCCUACAGCUACUGUGAAGCCAGUGCCAGUGCCAGGGCCAAAGGAAAUUCUGGCUCCAAAGAGUCUGUCUCCAACCCCUAUGGAUGUUUCUAUGAAGGAAGAAGAACUGUGCCAGGCUUUCUCUAAUGCACUGUUAUGCAAGAUAGAGGACAUUGAUGAUGAAGAUUGGGAGAAUCCUCAGCUUUGCAGUGACUAUGUUAAGGAUAUUUACCAGUAUCUGAGACAACUUGAGGUUCAGCAAUCUAUAAACCCACAUUUCUUAGAUGGAAAAGACAUCAAUGGGCGUAUGCGUGCGAUCCUGGUUGAUUGGUUGGUACAAGUCCACUCCAAAUUUCGCCUUCUGCAGGAAACUCUUUAUAUGUGUAUUGCAAUCAUGGAUCGCUUCUUACAAGUUCAACCAGUCUCUCGGAAGAAGCUUCAAUUGGUUGGAGUUACAGCGCUGCUUUUGGCUUCCAAAUAUGAGGAGAUAUUCUCUCCAAAUGUUGAAGACUUUGUUUACAUCACAGACAAUGCAUAUACCAGCUCUCAAAUUCGAGAAAUGGAAAUUUUGAUUCUGAAAGAAUUGAAGUUUGAAUUGGGUCGACCCCUUCCACUUCACUUUUUAAGAAGAGCAUCAAAAGCUGGUGAGGCAGAUGCUGAACAGCAUACAUUAGCCAAAUACUUAAUGGAGCUGACAAUUGUUGACUACGAUAUGGUGCAUUAUCAUCCUUCUGAGAUAGCUGCUGCUGCUUCUUGCUUGUCUCAAAAGGUUUUAGAUCAAGGGAAAUGGAGCCUAAAGCAACAGUAUUAUACUGGUUAUUCAGAGAAUGAUGUGUUGGAAGUGAUGCAGCACAUGGCCAAGAACAUAGUAAAAGUGAAUGAAAACUUGACAAAGUUUAUUGCCGUCAAGAAUAAGUAUGCAAGUAGCAAACUCAUGAAGAUCAGCACCAUUCCUCAGCUAAAUUCAAAAACUGUCCAAGACCUCGCGUCGCCUUUAUUGGGAAGGUCAUGAGACGGCUGGACCCAAGUUGGAAGACUCCUCAGUCCGCACACUAUUGUAUCUCAGCAUUCAUUUGGCACACCCGCUUUUGUACAUAGUCUUUCAACCUGCUUUGUGGAACCUUUUUAUUUUGUUUUCUCAGUGUAUAUUGAGGAAAAAUAAAACCAUAAUUUUCCUUAAGGAAACUUGUGUAUAUUUUCCCUCAGAAUUUUAAUGCUCAAUUACUGUAAACUUGUUUUGAUUUGGUGUUGUUAUACAUGGCAAUUAAGUACUAUGCUUUCUUUUACUUAACUGUGAUAUAGCCCUUCCUUUUCUUCUCCCCCAAACCACUGAAUUUCAAAACCUUUUGAAUAGGAGGUUCGAAUUUUUAAAAUUGUAUGUGAACAGAUUUUUGGCAUAGCCAGUUGAUGAGUUCAAGAUGGAAUAAGCAGGAGGAUUUCUGUUAGACAUGCUUAAGUUUAAGCUUCUGGUUUUACAUAUAGAGAUGGGUGGUGUAAGGGAGUGAUUAGGGGGAAAGUGUCCGGGCAGCUUUUUGGGGUGAGUUAAGAAUGGAUAGCCCUGGCUCUUUUAUGUUCCUCUCAUGUUUGGAUAGCGAGCAGACAUAGCAGUUACUGUGAUAGGGGUAUUAUUUUCUUCUCGCCUAAAGGGAAGUGUAUUCCUAGCACAUUUCAGAUUUGGAACUUAGAAUAAUGUUUCUCAGUAAUAUUUCUUAAAAAACUUUUUAUAUACUAACCAUUAUUUAAUUAUAUUUUUUUCUGUAGGAACACUUUCUGAGCUCCAAAUAACUACUUAAUAUGAGCUUUUGAAAUGUAAUCUAUAGGUUUUGGACUUUCUAUACCAUGGCAAUGUGAUUAUACGAACACGAGCCACAAAUAUGAAUGGGAAAAAUCAUCCUGUGUGCUGAGAAUGGAUUUCCAAUAAUUUUAAGAAAGAGUCCUUAUUUUAAUCGCAAAAUUAAGAUUCCCUGCUUAGUCCUUGAAUCAAAAAGGGGGAUAUUUCUGCUUGUGAAGAUAAGGGUUAUCAUAGUUCUGAUUCAGACAUGCUUUCCAGUGCUGUUUCUACUUUAUGCAGAUCAGAAUCAUUUGAACUUUCAGCUGCAAGUUGAUGAGGGUUCAGCUGAUGUGAGUAUCAUUUGUAAAUAGUUUUUGGAGACUUAAAAAUCUGAAAUGCUACCCCUCUCUGUGAGUAGGUAAGAAAUUACCAUAGCAACCUUCCUUUUGCCAAGUCAAAAUGUAUGUGAUCAUGAAAUGUAUUUAAUUUUCAAGGGUCUUUCCUUUAAUCAAAGCAAGAUUAUUUGCCUAAGCAUGAUACUGCUCUCCAUGUUGUAGUGAUCAAUUUUGUGGGCGAACUGUCAAAUGGGAUAUAUUUUAAAGGUUAUUCCAUAGCACUUUUCACAUAGUAUUACUUAGCCUGCCUCAGGACUUAGUUUUGGGAUAUAGUAAUAAAAAGUCACUUAAUAGUAUUAUUAAUUAAUUAACAGUAUAUUGCGAGGCAAUGUACCUAAAAUGUAAUCAAUGUAAAUAAAUUAUAAACUUGGAAACAACCUAGGUUGUUAAAGUAUAUUUAAAUGGUGGGGUGUUAUGAUGAAAAGUACAAACAGAAUGGUGAUGGUCUACAUGGAAUCUAGAAAAAGGAGGGUAGAAAUCCAUCUCUAGCAUGGUCCAGGGCAGGAUCAGACAACUAAUCUAGGUUGUUCGAAGAACAAAUACCCUGAAGAUGAAAAGGCUGCCUCACUGGGCUCUCUCAUUUUGAUGAAAAUACCUCUUAGGACUAUUCAACUUCCUUCAUUCUGGCUUUCCGUUCACCAAGCAACCUUCUGAUCUGUAAUUUGGUUUCUCUAGUACACUUUUCUGCCAGGAAGGGUAUAUUGUACCAGUGAUCCCCUCUGUAAAUCAAUAAAUUUCCAUUCUGCUUUA